CUCUGUCUUUGUUCAGCAGCUUGGAGGCUCUUGUGCGGAGAGAGACGAGCUGACAAACCCGAGCUGGGAGGCUAGAUCUCCGAACAGCAAAGCCAUCGAGUCCGAGCAGACGAGACUGCACCGCCGAGCGCAGCAAGACGAGGGGGGCGUGCAGCGGCUCCUGCGUCUCACAGCGCCGGGAGAGCUGCCGGCUUGUAGCUGUACGCUCACCGGACACGGGGUCUAGGGGCUCCGAGAGGGGACGGGGGACGGAAAAGGGGGUCUCGCUUGAAGGCGCAGACAGGAGGCGGGGUGCAGUGUUGAUGCGAUAAUAUUAUUUUAUAAAAUUCCGAAAUUCCCCGGAGCGGCUCAGCGGCAGAGUGUAUGGGAUGGAACCGGGGACGCCUGGAGCCGGGCUGGCAGGUCCCUUCCUGCCCCAGCAGCUGCAGCAGGUGUUUCAGGCUCCUCGCCGGCCGGGGCUCGGCUCCAUCGGGAAGCCCAUCAGGCUGCUGGCAAACUACUUCCAGGUGGAGAUCCCCAAGAUGGACGUGCACCACUACGAGGUGGACAUCAAGCCAGAGAAGUGUCCCCGGCGCGUCAACAGGGAGGUGGUGGAGUACAUGGUGCAGCAUUUCAAACCCCAGAUCUUCGGCGAGAGGAAGCCGGUCUACGAUGGAAAGAGGAACAUCUACACAGUGACAGCGCUGCCCAUCGGCAACGAGCAGGUGGAUUUCGAGGUGACGAUCCCUGGUGAAGGGAAGGACCGGAUAUUCAAGGUGUCGAUAAAGUGGGUGGCGAUGGUGAGCUGGCGGCUGCUGCACGACGCGCUGGUCAGUGGCCGGGUCCCAGUCCCGCUGGACUCUGUGCAGGCGCUGGACGUGGCCAUGCGGCACCUCUCCUCCAUGAGGUACACUCCAGUGGGGCGCUCCUUCUUCUCCCCUCCCGAGGGGUACUAUCACCCGCUGGGCGGGGGCAGGGAGGUGUGGUUUGGGUUCCACCAGUCCGUGCGGCCCGCCAUGUGGAAUAUGAUGCUGAAUAUUGACGUGUCGGCCACUGCGUUUUACAAAGCCCAGCCUGUGAUUGAGUUCAUGUGUGAGGUGCUGGAUAUCCGCAACAUCGCCGAGCAGCCCCGAUCCCUCAGCGAUUCUCAGAGGGUGCGACUCACAAAGGAAAUCAAAGGCCUGAAGGUGGAGGUGACUCACUGUGGGCAGAUGAAGAGGAAAUACCGAGUGUGCAACGUGACCCGUCGGCCCGCCAGCCACCAGACGUUCCCUUUGCAGCUGGAGAACGGCCAGGCAAUGGAGUGCACGGUGGCUCAGUACUUCAAACAGAAGUACAGCCUGCAGCUCAAGUACCCGCACCUGCCCUGCCUGCAGGUGGGCCAGGAGCAGAAGCACACCUACCUGCCCCUGGAGGUGUGUAACAUCGUAGCGGGGCAGCGCUGUAUCAAGAAACUGACGGAUAAUCAGACUUCCACCAUGAUCAAAGCGACCGCGCGCUCAGCACCCGACAGGCAGGAGGAGAUCAGCAGGCUGAUGAAAAACGGCAGCUACAAUCUGGACCCGUACAUCCAGGAGUUCGGGAUCAAGGUGAAGGAUGACAUGGUGGAGGUGACGGGCAGAGUGCUGCCAGCACCCAUCCUGCAGUACGGAGGCAGGAACCGAGCCGUCGCCACCCCCAACCAGGGCGUGUGGGACAUGCGGGGGAAGCAGUUCUACAAUGGCAUCGAGAUCAAGGUGUGGGCCAUCGCCUGCUUCGCUCCGCAGAAACAGUGUCGCGAGGAGGUGCUCAAGGGCUUCACUGACCAGCUGCGCAAGAUCUCCAAGGACGCGGGGAUGCCUAUCCAGGGCCAGCCCUGCUUCUGUAAAUACGCGCAGGGUGCUGACAGCGUGGAGCCCAUGUUCCGCCACCUGAAAAACACCUAUUCAGGGCUGCAGCUCAUCAUAGUCAUCCUGCCCGGGAAAACGCCCGUCUACGCGGAGGUGAAGCGUGUGGGAGACACUCUCCUGGGAAUGGCCACUCAGUGUGUUCAGGUGAAGAAUGUGGUGAAGACCUCCCCCCAGACCCUCUCCAACCUCUGCCUGAAAAUCAACGCCAAGCUGGGGGGCAUUAACAACAUCCUGGUCCCGCACCAGCGCUCUGCAGUGUUCCAGCAGCCUGUGAUCUUCCUGGGCGCUGAUGUCACGCACCCCCCUGCAGGCGACGGCAAGAAGCCCUCGAUUACUGCGGUGGUGGGGAGCAUGGACGCUCACCCCAGCCGAUACUGUGCCACGGUGAGAGUACAGCGCCCCCGGCAGGAGAUCAUCCAGGACCUGGCCUCCAUGGUGCGGGAGCUGCUCAUCCAGUUCUACAAGUCGACCCGCUACAAGCCCACCAGGAUCAUCUUCUACAGAGACGGGGUGCCGGAGGGGCAGCUCCCACAGAUCCUGCACUAUGAGCUGCUUGCUAUCAGAGAUGCCUGCAUCAAGCUGGAGGAGGAGUACCAGCCUGGCAUCACCUACAUCGUGGUGCAGAAGCGCCACCACACCCGGCUCUUCUGUGCCGACCGGAGCGAGAGGAUUGGGAAAAGUGGGAAUAUACCAGCGGGAACGACAGUGGACACCAGCAUCACACACCCGUUUGAGUUUGACUUCUACCUGUGCAGCCAUGCAGGGAUACAGGGCACCAGCCGCCCCUCUCACUACCACGUGUUGUGGGAUGACAACUGCUUCACUGCGGACGAGCUGCAGCUCCUCACCUACCAGCUGUGCCACACGUACGUGCGCUGCACCCGCUCCGUCUCCAUCCCCGCGCCCGCUUACUACGCGAGGCUGGUGGCGUUCCGAGCGCGGUACCACCUGGUGGACAAGGACCACGACAGUGGGGAAGGCAGCCACAUCUCGGGGCAGAGUAACGUCCGAGACCCCCAGGCUCUAGCCAAGGCAGUGCAGGUGCACCAGGACACGCUGCGGACCAUGUACUUCGCCUGAACGGAGCCCCUUCCCUCACACAGAGCCCCAGAGGCCUGUCCCUGUCCCUCCACAGCCAGGGGGCUGCCUCUGUACAGACAGCAAGGAUCCAGGGAGCGGGAUCGUCUUCCAAGAGAACAAGCAAAACCUUUUCAUCAUUCAGCUACUUCUGUUGUUUUAUAUUUCCACACGAGUCUGUAUGCAAUAUUGAAGAAAGGAGUCCUUGACUGACACGCACGCACACACACUGACUGACACGCACGCUCACACACACACUGACACACACACACAUGACUGCGUUCUCUUCUCCAGUGAGCUUCGGGAACAUUUUAACGCAGCGCUUUCCUUUAGAUGUAGCUGUUAAGUGUUGUUGUUGAUAUUUUAUUGUAGCUCUGGUGUGAGGCCCAAGAGCGUGUAGGGUAGAAGUAGCCUCCGGAGGGUGGAGGGAGGAAAGAGGGAGGGAGAGGAGGGGAG